AACCCGGUGACGUGGAUAAUGACAGUGAAACUGUCACAUUCAAACCUGCCAUGUCACAUCAAGUAUUCAGUCAGAGCGAGAAUAUAUUCGGCUACAAAGACUUGAAAGUGAAGCUGUAUUACACGGCAGCCUGGCUCACCACCUAUGUUGGCAUCGAAUACUCCGAACAAAUCGAUCCUGAAGAUUUUGAUGGCGUUGAGGCUGAUAAUAUCAUGGAAAAGCUAUCAAAGAUUCUACAGCCCGGGUUUCUGACGAAUAUUGAUACGUUUGUAGCUUCGCUGGAUAAGGAGCCAAGUUUUGAGCCUUAUGGGGAACUCAAGCACAGUUUCAAAGUCACCAAUCGUGAAACCAACAAAGAACGUACGUAUGAAAUCUACUAUUGCAGCACGCUUAUGACGAAGUUCAUAAACUACCAUGAGAGACUGCAGACAUUCUUGUUGUGGUACAUUGAUGGCGCCAGUUUCAUUGAUGUUGAUGAUUCAAAAUGGCAGUUCUUUGUGGUAUACGAGAAGUAUAUGAACUCUGGCCAGCCUAUGUACAGUGUGGCCGGUUACACUACGGUGUACGAGUAUUACGCCUACCCAACCCACGUGAGGCCACGCAUCAGUCAGGUACUCGUGUUGCCGCCGCAUCAGAAGCAGGGCAUCUGCACACAUCUCAUCAACACCAUCUACGAUCACUACAAGGGUGACGCUACUGUGCUCGACAUUACCGUUGAAGACCCUACUGAGGAGUUCCAGACGGUGCGGGACUUUGUGGACGCGUGUAGAUGUGCCGCUCUGCCCGCCUUCCGGCCCGACUGCCUGCAGCAGGGCUUCUCCGAGCUAAUGGCGCAGCAGGCCAGGGAGUCCUCCAGAAUUAACAAGAAACAAGCUCGUAGAGUGUAUGAAAUUCUGAGGCUGAAAGAGACCAACAUGAAUGAUAAAAUGGAUUACCAAAACUACAGAAUAAAUGUGAAGCGGAGACUGAACAUACCAUUCCAGAAAGAGCAAGCUUACUUCAAUAAAAUGAGCAAAGCACUGAAACCUGAAGAACUGCAGUCAGCUGUUUCGCUCAACAGUAUUGGCCAGCGCACCGAGAAAUUGGAAAAAUUGUACAAGGAGCUGGAAGAACAGUAUUUGCUAGUACUGAAACGUAUUAAAAGAGAAGCUGUUCUGUAGAAGGAUGUGCGAAAACCCAUCGAAAUUUGUUCGAAAAUGAAAUAUCAAACAAGUGUUCUUAUAAGAUAAAAGACAAUUUUAAAGUGCUGCUGAUGAAAAUUUAAUUUGAAUUAAGUGAAAUUGAAUUUUCAAGCACAUUUCCUCAUUUAUUGUUAAUCGUUUAAAACUGAUACUUUAAUACUGCUAUUAAUUCAGAUUGAGUAUGUGUUAAUAAAGUACAAACGCGAGUGUUUUAUAAAAAUAUUGGAGAGAAUAAUAAUUUUUGUGUGGCUCUGAUUCGAAUUAGAGUCAAAUUUUUGUAAAACUGAAAGUUGAUUAUGUAAUUUUAUAGCACUGCUUUGAACUACAGCUAGAUCUACAUCUAGAUUAUCAAUUAGAUGAAAUCUAGUGGUUAAAUCAAUCAUAUUUAAUCACAAAUAUCCUACAUUUAUAUAAUAUGCUGAUACAAAUUAUUAGAUUCAAAUAUACAUGUAGGUCUAAAGAAUCUAGUUUUAUAACUGUUGCUACCUGUACACGUAUUAAAUACAUAAAAAUAAAUAAUCAAACAUGUUUGUGAUUAAAAUCAACUUAAUGCUUACACUAGUAGAAAACCUUGUUACUUUUUAUGUUAAUGUUUUGCAUCAAAUCCCACUGUAUGUUGAGUUAAUAAAAACAAUUUUCCACAAUAUUUUUCCUGUGAUUGCGCAAAGAGAAGAGAUUGCAUAAUGCUAUGUUUCUCUAUGGAUUAAGUUUCUUGCUGUUUCCGAAAAGAAAAUCAACCGGUGAUUUUAUCAGUACAUAAUUGAAUAAGUUUUAGUGUUAUUCCAUAGUUUUAUUAUUGUCUCAAACCACUUUAUGUUGAGUUGUCAAUAAAAGUAUUUUUUCACGAUA